AACAAUGGCCACGGGAGCAUCUCUCUCUUCAGAAUGAAUUCAGAAGCAAUGUGAAAAUAUUUUUAUAGCACAGCUAGCAAAACGAACAGAUGAAGGAUGUCUCCACGCCUGACUCUUAUGAUUUCCUCCUCAUAUAAAUCUUACUCCUGGUAUGGAAUUAUAUGGCUGCUAGUGCCCUGGCACGCUAUUGCUGCAGUGAAUCUGGUGGGAAUUUAUGGAAAAAAUAUUGAUUUUCCCUGCCACUCCUCCAAGUUCUCUCUAGAAAAGGUCAACCGUGUUUACUUUCAAAAAAAAGUCAUUGAUGGAACUCCAGAGUUUUUGAACGGAUACAUAAAGAAGGAAAAUAAGAUCAACACAGAAGAUCUGCAACCUUUCGUCUCCGAGAAAUACAAGAACCGUACUUACAUGGAUAUUCAGAACAAUGUCAUAACUCUUAAGAACGUCACAAUUGAAGACACUGGAGAUUAUGAAUGUUAUUUAUUAAAUUCCUCAAAACAAAAUGAAGACAAAAUAAAUUUCCAUCUGUCCAUUAUUGCUAAUCUCACUCGACCAGAGAUCUCAGUGAAUAAAGAUAAUCCAUUCUCAUGCAAUGCAACAUUCACCUGCUCUGCCAGUGGCAUAUACCCUAAACCAGAACUAAGGUGGCACUUCACCCCAAACAUCUCCUCUAUUGAAUGGAUGGUUAUUGAUAGCAACUCUUCCAUUGACCCUCAAAAUGGUCUUUAUUAUGUAUCCAGCACGAUCGUGAUACUGAGCAACAGAAGUAUAAAUAUCAGCUGCUCCAUUCAUGAUGACGUCUCCCUUGAAACUGAACUCUGCCGAAAGCAUUCACCUGAGAGAGCAGAUAUCAUGUGGAUAAUCGCCUCAGCCAUAAUAAUAGCUCUUGUGAUUCUUAUCUUAUUCAUUAUAUUUGUGAAGAAGAAGAACAUGUUGGCUUCAGCUUCAACCUCUUAUCAGACUGAUACUGAUCAGGAAAUGAUUACAAGGCAAGACGCUAGCAUAGACAUCAAAAACCCUGAACACCAGCACUCCUCCCUUGGAAUGAUGUCUGCCCAUCAGAAAACUUCAAAAUCCAGUUACUACACUGAUUUUCAGCAUCAAAAUGAAGAAGGAAAGAUGUUUUUGACCACAAGUGUAAUGUGAAUUUUCCUCUAAAACAUUCUGAUUUUUUACUAUUUAAGACAGUUAAAAAUGAAUAACACUUCUCAUGGAAAUUGUGUCAGAGACAUUUAUUUCAGUGUGAUAAUAACUAUUUAACAAAACAACUGUGGCAAAAAUAUAUUCGCAGAAAAUAUCAGACUCUUCAUUAUUAGUAUUACUGUUUUUAUUUCAAUGCUACUUAAAUUCUUUCCUUGAGAGAAAACAUUUUAAGCAAUUAUUUUGCUCACUGUUGCAAAACAUUAAUUGUCAUUCAUGGUAAGUUUGUUACAUAAGUUGCAAUAGGUAACAAACUGGAGACAAGUUCGUCCAUAUGCUGGAGCGGGCAGCAUUCUAAUUAUUGGACUAGGCCCUCACAUCCAUUUUCACAUCCUCAACCGAACAAAAUUUAAGACAUGUAUGUCUUAAAUGUAUUGACAUAAUUAGAAAAAAGCCUGGAACACAAAAUUAAAUGUGCUAGCUAACUUUACAAUGGCUAACCCCUUCCAUCAGAAUUGUCAUUCCUUCAUUUUUGAGCGUAUUGCCUGUCCAUGGCUGACUGCCCUGUGACUUAUCCUUUGUAACUGUGACCUGUAUUAAGGGAAGAACUUCAGCACAAGUAGUUUCGUUGACUUUUACCCUAUCUAAUCACUCGUUCCUUGGCUUUUCUACAUCAAAUAGAAAUCUCCUUGCUCAGAACAGUGUUCAAAUUUUAACCAAGAAGAAUCUGCUUUUGCAGAUUUUUCUGCAAUAGUAAAAUGGCCUGUGAACUCCCAGGUCAUCUGAAAUUGAAUUGAAUUUACAUUAGUGUUUGAUAUACUUUGCUUUAUUUUUAAACCUUUGGUGUAAAGAAUUCUACUUCUGGUUGAAGACUGAUUCUUCGUUUUUGCGCAGUUUCUGGAUAUCUCCCAUUUCCUAAUAAUAAUAAUGUCUCUUUAAAGGCACAAAAUAAUUUUGAUCUGAAGGCUCCACCAAAAGUGCUGAUUAUUCUUAUAAGUAUUAGAUUAGAGUCUCUCUAAUGCUUAACCACACUCUAGAUAUAGUUUUUAAAUCAGUGUUAGAAUGAUUUCUUCCAUUUAAUUUUGGUUUGCUUACCUUCCAUAUCUGACCUUAUGUAAUACAAUUUGAAAGGUACUUAAAGAACUCACACAUAAACUGCACUCUUAGUGUGAAAUAUUGAUUGUAAAAUAAAAUAAAUGAAAGUAAACAAACGUUCUAUGAAUUGCUAAUUAUGAUGUUCAACUCCAGGUUAGUUAUCACAUGUACAUUUACAACAUAUCAUAAAACUUUCAACUUAGGGUUGCCUGAGGCUGAAGCCUAGCCUAGUAGCAUUGGGUAAAGGACUAGAAACAGCCACGGACAGGCCAUCAUUUCAUGACAGAGCUCAUUCACAUACACACAAGCACUCUGAGCCAAUAUAGAAUUCUUUGUGCAUCUCUUUGGAAUGUGCUCAUACAAAAUGUAGGUUUUACAACAGUGCUGUUUUAUUUAGUUUGGAUAACUCUAUCUUACAAAGAGCAAACAUUUUCAGAAUUUUAUGUUCUCAUAUAUUCUAAUGUAUAUAUAUAUGUGGCUUCCCUGCUAACAAAGAGAUACAAUAUGCAUAAGGAAUCAUGUUGGGGCAAAGGAGAAUGUUAGGCCAAUCAGGUGCCCUUCAAAAAGAGAAAUCAACAGUGAUGCUAAUAUAUGCUUAUAUACCUGUAUAUACUAAUAUGUUGCAGGGAUCCCAUGGAGUGUUAAGUCCAGUACUUGUAAAAAGGUGCCCUAGUAGGUGAUGCUUCAGCAGUAUGUGGAGCAAAACAGAAGUCAUGGGGAAUUGGGAGGGAUCCUUUAUUAUUCCCUCAGUACACUAGAUGGCAGCGAGUAAGCCCCACAGGGAAUUAGAGAGGUCCUGAGGUCCAGAGACCAGAAGUUGCUAUGGGUUCCUGACCCUUUAAGUUAAUAUUUGCUGUCACUGGGACGACCACCGGAUGGCACUCCCAUCUCGCAUUCAUGGUUUUUGUAAAGUAGCCCAGAAUUUAACACCAAAAUGUACUUGAAAAGGCUGCUUCUUGCUGUUGUCUCACCGAGUCUAGUUUCAAGUUGAGAAUUGAGGUAAGGACUGAACAAGGAUGUACUUGUCCUUAGAUCUCUGAAAGGAUGAUAGAGAGACCAGUCAUCAAACAAAGAAACUGUUAGGUAAGCAUGGGGUCUAUUUUAAGAUGGCAAACUAAACAAACUGUAGUAGAGGUAAAGAAGGGGUAGGAAAUUCCAGUAGAGGGGCUCAGUGGGGUAGUAAGGAUUUAUUAUAAUUUUUUUUAUUUUGAUGGAAUGUGUUCUCGUUAUAUUAAUGUUUUCCAAUUGCUUUUUAAAAAACAUUCAAUAUACAGCAAUUUUUGCAAUGAGAGGAUUGUUUAGCACAGCAUACUUAAUAGCAGGAGAAGACCAAGAGAUGAUUGAGUCAAAGGGACUAGAUAAAGAUCAGAAUGUUGUGAGGAUGUCUUUAAUUUGACUGUCAAAUCCUAAUAUGCUAAAACGAAGAAACACAGUAAAAAGCAGGCAAAAUUCUAAAAAUAAUAUGCACAUUUUCACUCUUACAAAUAUAAUACAAUCAUUAAGUCUUCCUUAAUUUUAGCAUUCACCAAGCUCAGAUGUGUGGUACUGUGUGCCGCCAUCUUUUAUAGGGGCAGGACAGUGACAUUAAAGGUGACUAAGCACACAACAGGCAACAGAACAAACAAAAUGACAAUGUCCAUGAUUUUGUGGUACAAAAUGGUGGUGCCAAAGCUAGAAACCCCACAUACUGGAUAACAAAGGUGUGCUGAUGUCACUAUCAUAAAGUUCAACAAUAAGAAAAUAUAUAGAAACACAAGUAACAUGUAAAUAUUUAUAUAUAUUCUUUGCAAUAGAUUUUUUUGGGGUCCUUGGUCGAAAAUGUGUAAAACACAAAUCUGUUUGCAUGAUGUACAUAGUAAUUUUUGUUUUUUAUUUUCUGUAUUUUAUUGCACAAACUGUUUUUAUUCUUAUUUGUUCUAAGAAUAGACAAUGAAUGGAAGAGAUUCUCAUAUUUCUGAAUGUACAUUGCAUUUUAGCUUGUAAAAACUAAGUGUUCUCCAAAGAAAUUAGGGUUUUAAAUAAUCUUUAUAGAAGUGUAAAAUCUUUACAAAUAUCUGUCUACUGUUUAGGGUUUAGACCCCCAAAUUACAUCAUACCCCUAGUAAAUUUAUGGCUGUUGUGCAAUGCUGCUGUGUGCUGUCCAUGUACUGACUGUGUCACCAUCCCAAUGAUAUACAGAAGUGGCCGCUUUAGUCAUCAGUCUACACCUCAUUGUGUGCCUUAUUUUUAUAUAAGGAAACUGGUGUAGAAAUAUGACUAGUAUCAUGGACAGUUUGCAUUAUAAAAAGACAUUUGACACCUUUGCUAUUUUCUUUGCAAUCAUUUACUUUUAAAGUAAAGGAUAGUUGGUUGUAUGACUGACAUUUUUUAUAAUAAAAUAACAUUUUCAGAUGGCACUUGGUUGCUUUCUUGCAACCUUAUUUGGAUAUAUGUGUUUUCCUAUUGGAAAUGUUGUAAUAACUGUCAUCUGGUUUUUAAAAAGCAAUUCAUUUGCAGUAUUAUUGUGCAGAUAAAAAUUGUUUUAUACCUUUUUCCUUGUAAAUGUAUUGUAAUAAUUUUAUAAAUCUCAUAGAUAUUAAGCUGUCUCUUUGUAUAACAUUACUUACAAUGACAAAUAAACAAUACCUGACAGCCUUCUUGUUA